CUGAAGGAGAAACUAAAACCACCAAGAAAACCUAUCAUCUCUCAAGAUUCACACGUCCUCUCGGCGUCAAGAAACCUCAAUUUCUGCAAGAUUCAUCACCACCACUACCAAAUGGCCUCAACUUCACCAGAACCACCAUCAACUUCAGAAGAAUCCCGACCGUUAACACCGCCAUUAUCACCAAGUUCAACAGAAAUCCUUGAAACAGCAGCCCAACAUGCCCUGAACAGUGAAGACCCUUCUUUCCUCAUCGCUGUUCUCAACGACCUCGACCUCCCCGUUCUCACCUACCGUUCCCGUAUGAUUUUGAACCACUUAAUACAGUACCACCCUAUCCCCCUCUGUCACCGCCUCUCCAAAAUCAGUUUUUCCCCCAGGGAUACCAUAACUAAGGUGACAUCUGCAGUUGCUCUCGAGAUUUUCAAGAGCCUCUUCCCUGAUGCCUCCUGGGGAGAAUUCAUUAAACCUUUGCUUCUUGAUCUCAAAAGGGAUGACUAUGCAGUAGAAAUUAUUCCAAUUAUAAACGAACUUUUAUCACAUUUCAAUCCCCAUUAUAUACCAGAAAAUGAUUGGCCCGGGUUCACAACUGCAGUGUGCGAUAAUUUGGAUUCUGAUAAAGAAGAACUGCUAAAAUUCGUGCUUUCAUUGAUUAACAGGUUGUUUACUGAUGGUGCUGAAAAGAUAUUAGAACUAAGUCUUGAAACUUUGUGUGACAAACUUAAGAAAAUAUUACGUUCUAGUGAUGUGUCAUUGAAGGUGAAAGAAGCAGCUGUUGAGGCCUCUUUUGGUUGUAUCUUGCGCCUUAAGAAUGCCGUAAAUGAUGAAUUCGUGCAAGAUCUUUUGCGUAAAGUAAUGAAUACAGUUUUCUUUAAUGGUGAAAUAAAUUUUGAUGUGAGUCAAGAGGGAUAUGCGCGUUUGAUUCUUGAUCAAUUGGUUGCAUUGGCCCGGACGGACGCGUGGUUCUUGAGAAACCAGGUUGAUAAGGUACUUGAAUUUACAUUUAUUAUCAUGGAGAAUCCUCAAUAUGAAGAAAGAACAAGGUUUCUUGCGAUAGAAUUUGUGCUAGUUCUAGUUGAAGAUAAAAAAGGUUGCCAGAUUUUGGUAAAUACAGGGGGUUUGCAUAUCAAGAGGAUGCUUUCUCAAUUGUUAUGUAUGAUUGCGACUAUCAACGAGAACACGGCAUUGGAUAAUCGUGAUGAGAGGGAUCAAGAGCAAUGGAGAUUACUUGACCAGGUAAUGAAGAGCAUGGCUCGAUUUUCACAAGCAUUGGGUGGGAGAUUUCUUUUGGAGGGCUUUCCUCAACCGUUUGAAUCUUGCUUUAAUUCAGAGGCAUGGCAAAGACGCCAUGCUGCUGUUAGUUCACUCUCCAUUAUUUCAAAGAAUUGCUCAAAGACAUUAAAAUCCAAGGUAGAUCUUGUGGCCAAUCCAAUUAUGAAAAUGGUUGACGACAUGCAUCAUCAUGUGCGUUGGAGAGCUAUGUAUGCAGUUGAGGAAUUCUCCAAGUAUUUACACCCUGAAUUGCAGAAUAACUAUAAUCAAAAAGUGCUGCCUGCUUUAACGAAAGCUAUGGAUGAUUUCAGUGAUUCCAAAAUUCAGGUGCAAGCUGCUAUGGCAACUUAUCACUUUGUUGAGUAUUGCACUUCAAAUAUGCUAGAACCUCACCUUGAUGAGAUUAUCAGUAAAUUGCUCAGAUGCCUACAGAAAGGGAAACAACUAUUGAAACUUUGGGCCUUAUCAGCAUUAGCAGCAAUUGCUAAGUCAUCACAGGACCGGUUUCUAGAGUAUUACAGAACAGUUAUGCCUUACCUAAAAGUUGUGAUGACGAAAGCAGAAGGGGAAUCUAACAGCAAGCUCCUUUCUGCAACUGUUUCGUGCAUUACAGCAAUUUGGACGGUUUUUGGAAAGGACAAGUUCGGUGACGAUACUCAACAGGUUGUGCAACUUCUUGUUUCCACACCCAUAUCAAAUCUGGAGAUACAUGACCCAAUGAGAAUUGAAGGGUUAAGAGCAUGGGGCAGGCUUUGCAAAUGCUUAGGCCACAGGUUCCAGCCUUAUAUGGAAGUUGCCAUUCCUUGUUUGCUUCAAUCUGCGCGGCUCACUUUGCCUGAUGAUGCUAACGUUGAAGAAUCGGAUGAAAGAAACCGGAUGAUUCAAAUCAAAACUGAGACUCUGGAGGAGAAAGCCACAGCUUGUGUAUUGUUGCGUGAUUGCGUUGCUGAACUGAAAGAAGGCAUUGAUUUAUGGAUUGAUGAGGUGGUUAAUUUUGUAACACAUAAUAGUUUCCAUAGCUUGACCUUAUGUGAACGAAAUUUAGCAUUUUUACGAGCAUCUGUGCAGGUUGCUGAAACUUUAGUUCCACUUCUCAAUUUUUACGAGCAUGCUGAGGUUAGAAUAGCUGCUGUAUUAGCCAUGCCUGAAAUACUGAAAUCGUCGAAAGCAGCAAUUGAGAAAAGGCUUCUUCAGAAAUCUCCCUUUGAAAAGUUGUGUUCUGAUAUAAUACCAGCUUUGGUUGAAGCACUGGUUAAGGAAGAAGUCAUUAAAAUUAGUGCAGUAAUGUUGGAUUCCUUGGAGGAUUGCUUGGAGUUAUCGGGACCUGUUUUAAAUAUAGACCAGAUCAAGCGCUUCUUGUCUGUAAUAAUGGACGUUCUCGACACUAGCAUAUCCAUUCCCAAAGUUGAUGAAGCGUCAGAGCAAGGAGAAAAAGUUAGUAAGAAAGUUUGUGCUUGCUUGAAGAUUUUCAUGAAAACUUACAAGGGUUCCUUGUUGCAAUUCUUCGACCAGCUUUUAUCACGUAUGGAACAUAUGUGGGUUAAGGAUAAAACAGUUAAAGAAAGAAAAAUUGCCUUGAAGAUUUUCACUGAUGUAGUAGAGGAAUUCCGAGAAGAAGCUUUGAAGUUCUGUGAGAGUGAACUCUUGUUGCUAUUUAGAGCUUGCAAUGAUGAUGAACCUGAAGUUCAAGAGGUUGCUGCACAUGGAAUUGGUGUUGCUGCAGCCUUUGGUGGAUCUAUCUUCAAACCUCUGGUUGGAGAAGCAGUUUCUGCUCUAAAUGCUAACAUAAGCGAUUCAAUGGCAUUGCACCGAGAUUACAUAAAGGCCCAUGAUGCUGCUGUUACAGCUCUCGGACAAAUAUACCUAUUCCACAAGGACAGAAUCAAUGCAAGUGAGGUGUUUAGUACAUGGUUAAGCCAUUUGCCAAUAAAGAACAAUCUACUCGAAGUCAAAAUUGCACAUGAUCUGCUGUGUUCAAUAGUUGAGAUAUCAGAGGACGAACUUCUUCGCCAAGAUUUUGCUUAUCUUCCCAAAAUCAUCGCUGCUUUUGCAGAGAUACUAUGGGCGGAUGAUGAAACUUUAGCAACAGAGGAAACCGUCAACCGAGUGAUUAAACAGUUGACGGACUUUAAGAGCAGGUUACCAUCAAACAUCUGGUCAUCUAUCCUGUCAACCUUGGAACCCUCUCGUCAGAAUGUUUUGCUACUUUCAUUGUCAUCGUAGUUCACUAUUUCUGGGCAUCAUGGAGUCCCUUGAGAUUGAGCAAGGAUUUGUCAUGGAUACUCCUGUUUGAGCCGUAUUAAACAAUAUAAAGCAUUUGUUUAGUGAAACAUUCUUUUUCUGGUAAA